GUGCUGCGUUUAAAGGUUUUGAACAGAGGGACGUUUGAAAUUGAAGUCAAACUAGCGAAGCGCUGUGUUGGGGAAGCGUGCAAGGGAGCAACAUUUUGAAGUUGAAUCCGGGAAUGGUUAUAGUUCGGUUUGAUCCAUAAGAAUCAGCACUUACCUUCUUACGACACCGAGCUGUCUUUUAAGAGGAGUUGUACUGCGCUAGCGUGACACUAAAUAUUGAUGUGGUCGACCCGACGUCCCUGCUAGCUAGCGGUGACGUUACAGCUCGCUGCUCGAGAGCUAACGUUACUCUUGGUUUAACAUCUGGAUUAAUUAUCGCUCAGUUGCUCCCGGUCAUUGUGCAAUACGACAUUUAGAUUAUGGACUCUUCGGCCAGACUCAAGCUGACAAAGGACAUGAAACUUCAAAGGCAUGAUGUGAAGACAACCGGCGAUGGCCCAAAGCGGAUUCCUGUGUCGCAGCAGUCACAGAUGUCUUUGGUUACACAAACGCCACACCAGCGAGUUCUAGGUGUGUCGAAUGGACCCCAGCGCGUUCAGCGGCCUAUGACUCACCAGAAACCAGCAUCGCAUGUCUCGGUUGCUGUCAAGUCUGCGCACCCCUCUGAUCAGAAUGUGAAUCCUGCUACUCCGAAUGGAAACUGUGUGCCGCAGCCCAAACGUGUUUCUCAACAAAUCCAACCAAAGACGAAUGUCCCCAAGGUAAACCUGGAGCCGGCGAAACCACCAUCGGAACCGGCAAACCUGGAGAAGCUACAAAUCAAACCUGCCAAGAAUGAGCCAAACGCCUCUGCAUCAAACAAGCGGUGGAGCCUGGAGAACUUUGACAUCGGCCGUCCCUUAGGAAAGGGUAAAUUUGGCAACGUCUACCUGGCCAGAGAGCGGCAAAGUAAGUUCAUCUUGGCCCUGAAGGUGCUCUUCAAGAAGCAGCUGGAGAAGGCCGGGGUGGAGCACCAGCUGAGGAGGGAAGUGGAGAUCCAGUCUCACCUCAGGCACCCGAAUAUCUUGCGCCUCUACGGUUACUUCCAUGACUCAUCGCGUGUCUAUCUCAUCCUGGAGUUUGCACCCAAGGGUGAGCUGUACAGUGAGCUGCAGCGCUGUGGGUGUUUUCCUGAGGCCAGAAGUGCCACAUACAUCAUGGAGCUGGCAGAUGCACUCAACUACUGCCACUCCAAGAAGGUGAUCCACAGGGACAUAAAACCAGAGAACCUGUUGCUGGGUGCCAACGGUGAGCUAAAGAUUGCAGACUUUGGCUGGUCCGUUCACACUCCCUCCUCCAGGAGAUCCACACUCUGUGGCACGCUGGACUACUUGCCUCCUGAGAUGAUUGAGGGGAAAACUCACGAUGAAAAGGUGGAUCUGUGGAGUCUGGGCGUCCUUUGCUACGAGUUCCUGGUUGGAAAACCCCCCUUUGAAACCAAAAGUCACGAGGAGACCUACCGCAAGAUAUCGAGGGUGGAGUACACUUACCCCACACAGGCCAAUAUCGGAGCCGGAGCCAAAGACUUGGUUGCUAAGCUCCUGAAGCACAACCCGAAGCACAGACUGCCCAUCCAGGGAGUCCUGUCCCACUCCUGGGUGGUCGAGAGCGCCACCAAGAAACCCACAACCCUCACCAAUGAAGAGCUCCGCCAGUGAGCCUCUCUGUCUCUGCAGCCCACGCCUGAGGUCUGCAUGUGAGGGCGCAGUCGUGCAGAACACAGCCGUGUGGAACAUGAACACCUGUGUGCAGCUGGUUUAUCAGAAUCUGCUUGUGCGACUAUUUACUAUGAAAUCACUUCAUGUGGAUGUUUUUGUCUGCAGGUAUCUUGCGCCACUUUCUUUUUUUUUUCCUCUAUUAUCCUUGGCAUUCUUGCCUGUAAAUAUUUAACCGUUUUUUUUGUGUAAUUAUGAAUAUUUUAUUGCGCAGUCCUAACAUGCUAUUACUUGAAAUAAAAGAUGUCACUUUGGAAUUAAA